UGUGAACACCUGUGUUGACACCAUUACGGAUCACUUGAUUUAACUGUACUCUCUACUGAAGCUGUAGUUAUUGUAAAAGAUUCAUUGUCAUACUGGAUUACAAUGUAUGUCAUUACCGUUAUUAUCAUGGUGAUCUAUAUAGACCUGAGCUGUGGAGUGAGUUAUUCUGACUUAGAGGCGAUGGAUGCCGCUUGCUCACCCUGGGACUCUUGUGAACGUAAUGAAACAACGUUGCUUCCUCCAAAGUGGUAUAAUAGCAAUUGUUUUUGUGAUGAAAUGUGUGCGGAGUAUGGUGACUGCUGCCUCGAUUCUCUUUAUUAUGAUGUGUACAGUCAUAAAAACAAUGUAAACAAGUACCAAUGUAUUCAUUUGAUUCAGUACGGUGACACCUACAUGAAGGGAACGUGCCCAGCACUCUGGCUGGACGAGGAGGUGUCCAAGCUCUGCCUGUCCGGCUCCCCGGCGUCUAGCAGAGAAAGGGUGGACCCUCUAGGUAACCUCCCGGCCACCAGCCUGGACACCUCCCUCACCUACACCAACUACUACUGCGCUCUCUGCAACAAUGAUUCACAGACGCUGAAGGUGUGGCCGGCGCGCUGGGAGUGUGAAAGCCUUAACAAGUACCGCCAGAACCUAACCGACGAUUAUGUCAUGUCUCGACUAGCGUUCAAAAACCAAACAUGGGGAAUGAACAUCGAUAAUAAUGGGAGGUUAGAAUUCCAUGAAUGCUCAAUAUUCCCAGUAAUACCAGAAGAACUAAAGAACACCACUAGAAGCUGCUCUCAGGCAAUUAAAACAUGUGAGAAAGAGUGGGAUGAUAAGAAGGUAGCUGAUUUGUGUCAGUCCUACACGGCUGUAGUCUACAGCCCCACACAUCCCUACAGGAACCCACAUUGUGCCAAGUGUAAUAACGUGAGUCAGGAACAAUUAUCAUGCGCCAGCCAAGACCUUUCUCGGAUGAACAGGAUUGACACAUUUAAUUCGGGUGCCUUUGCUCUCUUAUUUGAUUUCACUGAUUCCAGUGGAAGCAAUAUUGUUGGAUCUACUUCAGUCUGCCAGAGUUCAGAAAUAUGGGAUCCCUUCUUCAAAAAGUGCAGGAACGUUUUAUGCGGCAAACCGAAUCAUGUGUUCAAGUAUGGUGUGUGUGUUGCCAACGUCGGAGAUUUCAACGCCACUGUAAGUACAGAGCCUAACAUAACAUCGACUACCACAGCACCCACUAGUGGUCAAGUUUCUGGAAACAUGGGUAACAGUUCCAUUGUUCUCCCUGAAGGCAACAAUCCCAUCAUAUUUCCCGGCGACACGAACCACCACACGCCGCAACAGACCACAUCUACAACAACGACUCUGCCCACCACAUUUUCUGUCUCCAACACAGCUGUGUCAUGGAACGGCUCCUAUGAAUUUCUUGAAUGCAACAAAAUAAUGUUAUCUGAAGACGAAUUUUCGUUGUAUGAGAACAGAACCGUGUAUGUUGAGUUUUACAACCGGAGUUACCAGGAGGGGGAGUACGAGGUAGCUGAGGGCGGCGUCCUGGUGUGCUCGCCACAGACACCCACAGGAAAGUUCUCCCCGGUGAUGGGUUGGGUCUCACUGGCGGGUCUUGGGCUGUCCUGCCUUUGUCUCCUGCUCCACUUAGCCGUCUUUAUCCUGGUGCCGGAGCUUAGAAACCUGUCAGGGAAGAACCUGGCGUCCCUUUGCUUGGCUCUUCUGGCUUCGUAUAUGUGUUUCAUCGUAAACGUGUUUGUAAAUCCCGGUCAGAAGGAUUGUAUUACUCUGGCUGCAGCGAUGUAUUACUGUUUCCUCUCCUCUUUCAUUUGGAUGAGCGUAGUAGCCUUCGACAUCUGGUAUACAUUUCGACGAACCAAAACAGAUUUGCGAUUGAUAAGCGGGAAACAUUGGCAGAGGUUCUUAAUGUAUUCCCUUUACAGCUGGCUUUUGCCGGCCGUCGCUACCAUCAUUGUCGUCACUAUUGAUGUUCAACAGCCGGAGGGAAUCCCCGAGGAGUUGCUCCCUAGCUUUGGCAAACGCUGGUGCUGGUUCGGUCAUCGCAAGGCUCUGCUCAUAUUUUUCGCCAUUCCUAUAGUCGCUAUCAUCAUCGUCAACUGCAUCCUCUUUAUCAGUACUGCCAAAAUAAUAACAGAAACGACCCAAUCCACCUCGACCAUGACGACAAGCCCACACCACAAGAACCAGUACAAGAUGUACAUGCGGUUGGCUGUGCUCAUGGGAUUCACCUGGAUCAGUGGUCUGGUGGCUGGGUACCUGCAGCUGGAGGCCGUCUGGUACGUCUUCGUGGUCCUCAACACGUUGCAGGGAGUCUUUAUCUUCUUGGCCUUCACCUGCAGGAGCAAAGUGUGGCGGGCGGUGAGGUCCUCGUGCAGACAUCUAGUGCAGUGUGGAGCUUCUUGGGUGGCGGGUCGUGGUCGCUCAGGCAGCCCCGCCGUGGAGUUGACAGACACACCUGACCACCAGUCCUCCUCCUCUUCACCCAACACCACCAUCGACGGAUGCUAACUGCCCUCUUUCGACGUGUGGUUUAUAAUCCCACACGUCGAAGUUACCCUUCUCGACGUUCGGUAACUGCCGUCCUCGACGGGUUCUAACUGUUCUCUUCAACGGGUGCCCUCCACCGUUACCACCUCCACAAAUCUUCCUCCCUUCAUUCAUUUCUCAUGGCCCCAUCACUCAUCAAAUCUGUGCGAAAAGUGGCUCCUAAGUCAGCGUUCAUCACUGUACGAGGUUUUUGUUAAACCAGUACCUGAAAUAUUGAACAAUCAUCACAUGUGUCUGAUAUUACCAACACCUGUAUUAGAUGUUGCAUUGCGUGUCAUAUGCUGUCAUACGUGUCGUAUGCUGUCAUACGUGUCGUAUGUUGUCAUACGUGUCAUAUGCUGUCAUACAUUCUGUAUGCUGUAUACGAGUCAUAUUCUGCUAUUCUUGCUGUAUACUGUUAUGUGUGUCACAUGCUGUUAUAUUUGUCAUUUGCUGUUAUACAUGUUUUAUGCUGUCAUCCAUGUUUCAUGGUACAUGUGUUUUAAUCUGCCAUUAUAGGUCAUACAAUCGUGUGUUUUAUGAUGUCAUACAUAUUUAUGCUGUCGUACAAUUUAUGAUAUACUUGUUUGCUGCCGCCAUAUGUUUUUUUAUGCUGCCAUAAAUUUUAUGUUGCCAUUUACGUUUUAUACUGCCAUACAUAUUUUAUGUUGUCAUACGUGUUUCAUGCUGUCAUACGUAUUUCAUACUGUCAGAUUUUUAUGCUGUCAUACACCUUCAAUAUUGUUAUAUGAGCUUUACGACAUACAUAGUUUGUGUUAUACAUAAAUUAUGUUGUCAUACAUGGUUUAUGUUGCCAUAUAUAGUUAAUGUUAUUAUAAAUGGUGUAUGUGGGUACACAAUUUAUGUUGACAAAUGUAGUUUAUGCUGACAUGUAUGUUGGCAUAUGGAGUUUAUGAUGUCAUAUGUAAUUUAUGAUGUCAUAUAUAUAUAUUUUAUGAUGCCAUAUGUAGUUUAUGAUGCCAUAUGUAGUUUGUGAUGCCAUAUGUAGUUCAUGAUGUCAUAUGUAUGUUAUGAUAACAUUAGUUUAUGUGACGAUUAUGCUAUCAUGGAUAGUUUGUUAUAAAUAUUUGAUGGUGACAUACAUAGUUUGUUUACAUAGGCACAUGUUAUCGUCAAGUUUGUUAAGUGUUGCAGCAUAGUCCCUCCCUGGCUUGGCGCCUCCUUCUGAUAAUUACUUUGUUGUGUUGUCACAUGCGCUGGUUAUCGUGACCUGAGUAAGGUGUUAUCAACUGUGAUGGAUCUCCUCCUAAUAGUGAGGACUGUGUGUAGGCCUAGCAGUGAGGACUGUGUGUAGGCCUAGUAGUGAGGACUGUGUGUAGGUCUAGUAGUGAGGACUGUGUGUAGGUCCAGUAGUGAGGACUGUGUGUAGGUCUAGUAGUGAGGACUGUGUGUAGGCCCAGUAGUGAGGACUGUGUGUAGGCCCAGUAGUGAGGACUGUGUGUAGGUCCAGUAGUGAGGACUGUGUGUAGGUCUAGUAGUGAGGACUGUGUGUAGGCCCAGUAGUGAGGACUGUGUGUAGGCCUAGUAGUGAGGACUGUGUGUAGGCCUAGUAGUGAGGACUGUGUGUAGGCCCAGUAGUGAGGACUGUGUGUAGGCCUAGUAGUGAGGACUGUGUGUAGGCCUAGUAGUGAGGACUGUAUGUAGGCCCAGUAGUGAGGACUGUGUGUAGGUCUAGUAGUAAGGACUGUGUGUAGGCCUAGUAGUGAGGACUGUGUGUAGGCCUAGUAGUGAGGACUGUGUGUAGGCCUAGUAGUGAGGACUGUGUGUAGGCCCAGUAGUGAGGACUGUGUGUAGACCCAGUAGUGAGGACUGUGUGUAGGCCUAGUAGUGAGGACUGUGUGUAGGCCCAGUAGUGAGGACUGUGUGU